AUGCUGCGAGCUGAAUUCAAUAAAGCAAGCCCAUUCUUGCUUGCCGUCUUCGGAUGCCAAUACCAUGGGCUACAGCCUAAUGCGUCCAAGUCUGCUCUGGCAUCCGAGUUCAACGAUCUGAUUCAAGAAGCGAGUGUUCCAGUCGAAGUGAUGGAGCAUGACGACUUUGAAUUGGAAGACUGUCGGAGCAAAGUCUGGAUGGGCUACUGGAAAACGCCGGAGGAUUACAGAGCCUGGUGGUGCAGCCCCAAGGUGGCCGCUUUUUGGUCCAAGCUUCCCGACAACGCAGGCUUUUGGCGAGAAAGCCUGCGCUUUGCUCAUUCUCGAGUCUUAUUCGAGACGAAUCAAAAAGCGCCUAAUGGAUUUGCACAUGUAGGCUCUUUUGAGCCUUUGGUCGAAAAGACCGGGUAUUGGGGUUCCUACAGAGAUCGACUUGAAGAUGCGACAGAGCUUGACAAACUCAGUACCCCAAUCCAACCACCAGUGCUACCACCUCGGAAAUCGACUAAAAACAUUCGACUUGGACGUGUGUCGAUGGAGAAUUUCCCGGAUAACCUGUGCUGUGUGGUGGAGGGACAAGACUAUUCAGCCAUGGGUAGCGUGGAACAUGACUACUGGAUGGAAAACUUCCACAACUUGACGACCGAAUGGCUCACAACCGCACUGAAGGCGCCCAUUGAGGAUGGAGUUGUCUCUGCUCGACUCUGCCAUGAUCCCCAAAGUGGAUCCAUGGACAAGGCGCCAGCUGUGCCCUUUUUCAAUGCGGCCCUGAAUGCCAAACGAAAGCUGCAGCUUCUGUAUUUCCUAGAUCUUUCCUGCAUGGAGCGGAUUGGGCGAAAAUACAAGAGCCAUGUGCAGUUGAGACGGAAAUUUAUGCAGGCUUAUGGUCCAAAGGGGGAUAUGGAGGGAGGAGAUCUGCUUUUAUGGGUUGAUUUAGGAGUUCUGAAGGCAGACGACAUCAGCGCAGAAUAUAUCGGGUGUCAUGAAGGGACGGGAUUUUUGGCCUACGUGGAUCAUCCUGCUUUCCAGAAAUAG